AUGAACCGUAAGAAGACGGAAGCCGAUCGAAAGCUUCUGAAGCUCCUGGAAAGUGAUGGAGAUGAAGCCGUUUUGCAGAUUAUGAUCAAAUCAGUGGAGAGUGACGAAUACUGUGCCUCAGGAAGAGCGUUGUGUACCCAAUGCAAAACUUUGUUGUCCGCAACAGACGGUGGUCACGUUUUUCGGCAUUUGGAUCGAUGCACUGGUAAAAGAGCUGCCAGCGAACCCAUUCCGGAAACAAGUGAUGAAUCGCUCCGAUCAGUAGAACCGUUGGCUAAGCAACGAAAAUUGACAGGUACAAGAAAAAAAAGAUACAUAUUUUCAAACAUUGGUUCAGAUUUUUUGAAGCGACAGUUCACAAAAGAGCAAACAUCGAAAAUUACUCGCGCACUUGCCAAGCAUGCGUUGAGAACGGGAAAAUCUUUCAAUUACAUGGGCGGAGAUUGUAUGAGGGAUCUUGUUAUUGAUGUAGCGAACGCCACUGGCAGUGGAAUAUUUGGAAAGGAAGCCAAAGCUCAAAUCCCUCAUCGCCAAACGAUCCAAACACAUACAUUGAGAUUUUCCGAUGAACUUAUCAAACGAGCUUUUGGUGAACUAAAGCCGUACGUUGGAAAACAACGAGUUAAUAUGAUCGUUGAUCAUGGAAAAAUUGUUUCGAACUACCUAUCCAUGUUUGCCUCGUACAUCGACGACACAUUCAAGCUAAGACUGUUGCCUAUCGGAUUUAUUCCUAGUACAGAUAGUAAAACCGGAGCAGACACUGCCGAUGCAAUUAUCGAUCGACUUCAAUCAGUUGGCUGGUCGGAAGAAGAAGCGAGGGCUUGUUCCAUUACUGCCGACGGUGCAUUAGCAAAUUUAGGUACACAUUUUUCGUCUUAUAUUCGAAGCGUGAGCCACUCCAUCCAUCUUCUGGGUGAAAAAGUCGUUGACCCGUUGGAAAAACAUGCGAAGAUGUUGGACCCGGAAAUUAUGAAACUGCUUCCGAUCGCAACAGAAUGUCUCGACAAUGCCCAAAACGUCUCUUCGGCCAUUAGAAACAACUUCCAAGCGUGUUCGGAGAUGUCACGUCUACCCACACUGCCAAACGAUACUCGCUGGCUGAAUGGACUCAAAUGUCUUGUGGAUGUUACAGAACUGAACAAAGAAAUUCUUGAUUUAGUGUCGAAAUUGUCUCUGAAAGGCAGAACAUCAAUGUAUUGGCUUAACGAUCAUCCUGAAUACGUCAAUGCAGUUCUCCACAUCUUGAAACCACUUCUGACCUACUCAAUCGAUUUUCAAAGACAAGACGAAGUCACAAUACACCGUGUUCUUCCUGCCUAUAAAGUCAUAUUGAAUAAAUGGUCGGCAUACAAGGAUCGGGACUUUACAAAGAUCGUGGACAAGGAUAUUGUGGAUUUGGAUCUGAUUGAAGCCAUGGCCACAUCUGGUCUCAAACCUCUCCAACAUUAUUAUUCACAGUUUGGGACCCAUCAUUAUGGAGCAACAUUGCUAUCUCCCCGUACAAAGCAUAUGAAGAACUUUACGAAAGAAGAAAGAAAAAGAGCUGUAAGCUACAUCAGUGAAAUGUUGCCAAAGGAUCUGAUCGACCUCAAUGUUGACACGACAGAAGUUCCUGAGUAUAUUUUGGAAAUGAGCGAUAACACUGAGAAAGCACCGACUCAUAGCGAACUGAAAAGAUAUCUCGACGAAAGUUUCAACGUGAAAAGUAGCGAGAAGAUCGAAGAAUAUUGGAGCCGUAAACGUCUCGAUUAUCCGGCCUUAUAUACAGUUGCAACAAAAGUGCUGUCAAUCGUGCCUAGUGAGUCGGUUUGUGAGACAACCUUCUCGACAGCUGCAUUUCUUUUGGACAAACGUCGAACACGUUUACGCACUGAAACCGUUGAAAAGAUCGUUGUCGGUAGUCAAAUCGCUUCGAAAAAUCCCGAUUGGGUUGAUGAUUUGAAAACUAAUUGA